AAACUAUUAAUUCUCGGGGAUUUAUCAGUUUCCUAAAGGGAGAAAGAGGGCUGUUCUGGGGUCCAUCUAACGAUUAUAAAAAGGGUAACCUCUUGCUUCUAUUCUCUGUACCAUCCGCAUCAACACAGUAUCAUACAUCAUUAUAUCCUGUCUCCAGUUCUUUUUCUAAGCAUACCAAUUUCGCAUCCCAAGUCGAACCUCUUCCAAAAUGAAGUUUCAGACUCCUCUACUCCUCCUGGCGAGCCUCCUCUCCUACGUCUCAGCUGAGGCGUUCGAUGCUGGCCCAGCCCUUGAAGCUCGCUCCCACCCCCGCGACUUUGUUGCGGAAAUACAAGACUUCGACCUUUCCAAGCGAGCAGCUCCCCCAGUGCCCAGUGGCAAGGACGCCACCAAGCUGCACGUAUGGAUUCGCACGGAUGAGCGCCCGAUUACCUACGACGACCGCAGCGGUGCGAAACACGAGGGCCUCAACCAGCUAAUCAAGGACACGGGCGGUCGCCACAAGGACGUCGUCGUCGGCAACAGCAAGGGCUACUUCGAGUACGGGCUUCAGUUCAACGAUAAGAGCUGGCAAACGAAGCCAAAUGGCGACGGUGCCCCGGUGAGCGAAUACGAUGGCGACUACAUAGAGGUGAAAGGUGGCCAUGAAUCAUACGAGUACAAGGGGCAGGUAAAAGAUGGGAGGAAGACCCUCAAGUCCAUUGCUACUAUGGCCGAGACUGAGAUCAAAGGAAAAACCUACAACCAUGUGUCGUACAACUGUGCGACCUUCGCGACGAACCUUGCGAAGCAGCUUGUGUAAGGCAAUUUGAUGUGAAGGAAAAGGAUCAUACUGAAGACGGAGACUAUGGUAUCAGGGUUCUACUGAUAUCGAUCUCAUUUCACCAAAGUCCAUGCGCUCCAAGUAAAUUAUUAAGCAUGACAGUUGAGAGAUUGGCUUGUUCUGAUUUCUGUUCUGUGUACUCGGAUUUCGGAUCCAGUCUUGGAUGGGAAAGGCGUAUAUGCAUAUAUAGAAUCUUAAAGACACUCGUUUAGUUUAAGACACACACAAAUACACAUUGAUUCCAAUCCCACAUCACCAUGGUUGGAGACUAGACACCAGCCAACCAU